ACAUUUGAUCUAAGUGCAGUGAAGUGGAAGAAAUAGAAUUGAUUGCAACCAAAUUGUAAUUGAUUGAAAAUUAAUGAAAAAUUUGUAAACAUUUUUUACGAUUGAAAACUGAGGCGAAAUUCAUUUUGGAUUAACACGCAACAUUUGCAAUUGGAUUAAAAGCAUUUGUCGUGUUCGGAGUGCGCGUCCUGAAAUUCAACUGACAACCAAAAUAAACAAAUCAUAAAUAAAAGAAAUAUUUAUAAAACAAUAGUAAAUAAUAUUUAAUGAAAUAAAUAAAUAAAAAAUAUUUCAUGCGCAGGCAGCGGACGUCGUCCACGCUUUACAAACGCAACAACAAACAAUUGCAAAAUUCCCUUUGGCUAAGAAUUUGUUGCAGCCAAAAUUGCUUUAUGCACAAACGGCUAAGCAACGAUUCGACGAAAUUCCAUUUUGGCAACAUUGAAAACAAAACGACAACAUUAAAAACAACAACAAACCACUCGAGGUAUAUAAAACAAAGAAACGUCCGCAACUUGUGGACAGCAGCAAAAGCUUCCACUGGCCUUGGCCUGAUCCUUCCAGCGAGUCUACAACUAGAACUGGAACAACUGGCACAACUGGAACACGAGCAACUGGAACAACAAGUACAACAAAAUGGAUCCACAACAACAAUUUUGCCUUAAAUGGAACAGUUACUCGUCCAACUUGGCAAUCACAUUCUCCAAUCUAUUCAAAUCGGAUCUAUUGGCCGAUGUCACGUUAUCCUGCGAUGGCGCUGUAUUUAGAGCACACAAAUUAAUCUUGGCCGCCUGCUCGAAAAAGUUCGCCGAUCUGUUCGAGAACACGCCCACAAAUGGCCAAUGCGUCAUCAUAUUGGAGGCGACCACGCCGGAUAAUAUGGCCGCGCUGCUGGAGUUUAUGUACAAAGGCGAAGUCCAUGUCUCCCAGGAGGCGCUCAACAGUUUUCUCAAAUCCGCCGAGAGUCUACAGGUCAAGGGUCUGUCCACAGAGACGGGCCGUUUGGCCGCGCAGCAGGCACAGCAGCAACAACACAUGGGCGACAGUUCGCCCUUGGACUCGCCCACUGGACGGCGCAGCAUGCGAAAUAGCUUGAGCGGCAGCAGUGGAGGUGGAGGAGGAGGAGGAGGUGGAGCUGGAGCUGGUGGUGGAAAUGGAGCUGGUGUUGGUCCAGGUGUUAUUGGCGGCUCCAAUGGCAAUGGCCUGAGCCUGGCGGGUGCGCUCAGUGGCAUGGCAGCUGCCGGUGGCAUGGCCGCUGCGGCGAGCGUCGCUGCCAGCGGGCUGAGCGCCUUGGCGGCCAGCGCGGGCGCCUUGGCGGAUCGCUGCGGCAGUGCAGGUGGCAACAUCAUUAGCGGACCCUUGAGCGCAGGCGCCGGACCCGGACCGGGUAGCAAUGGCGGUGCAGGUGGCGUUGGCGUUGGCGUCGGUGGCGUAGCGGGCGUGUCCGGCGGCUCGAUUAGCCUGGGCAGCGGCGCAGGCACCGCUCUGCACUUGGGCGGUUCGACGGGCAGCUUAAAGCAGGAAUGCGACUCGCUGAUGCAUGCGAGCAACGCCAGCGGCAUGGGCGGCAUGUCCGGCUAUGUGCCGCCCAUGUACCAUCGUCCCAUGUCCUUCAAUGAGCCGCUGCGCAAGCGCGCCUUGCGCAGUCCCUAUGCCGAGCAGGAGCUGCGCGGCAGCGUGCUGCGGGAUGGCUCCAAGAACUCCUCGGAGUGUCCCAGCCCCAUCAACAAGCCGACCUACCAUCGACCCUCAUCCAGCGCCUCCUCAACAGCGCCCACCGAGGCGGACACAAUGCACUCCGAGCGCGCCUCACCACAGUCCAGCCGCUAUGAGAACCACAGUCCGAGCACCACAGCCGGCAAUGGCAAUGCGCCGAGCAGCUUGGAUCGCAUUGUCAAGUCGGAGCGCAACAAUGGCAGCGCCAACGAGGCCAACGAUGAUGAACGCGAGCUGAUGGACGAGUCGACAGAUAAUGGCGCUGAGGAUUUGCGCGUGAAGCUGGAGAACUCGAACUUCUCGCCGCCGCCAGCCAACUCGAACACCUCGUCGACGACACCGAACACGCUGUUGGAGAACUUGAAGAACGCGGAUGGAUCGCUGUCGGGUAACCUGGCCGCUUCGAUAGCGCCCGCCGACAUGCUGAACGUGUGGAAUGCAACGAAGAUGAAUAACAAGAAUAGCGUCAAUACGGCCGAUGGCAAGAAGUUGAAAUGUUUGUACUGCGAUCGCCUCUACGGCUACGAGACGAAUCUGCGCGCGCACAUCAGGCAGCGGCAUCAGGGCAUACGGGUGCCGUGCCCCUUCUGCGAGCGGACGUUCACGCGCAACAACACGGUGCGACGGCAUAUAGCGCGCGAGCACAAGCAGGAGAUUGGCCUGGCCGCUGGCGCCACGAUUGCGCCCGCUCAUGUUGCGGCAGCGGCGGCGGCAGCAGCGGCGGCCAAUCAUUCACCAUAGGAAGCAGCCGCAACGGCAGCGGCAGCAGUAGUCAUAAAUGCAAACAAGGAGGCAGCAAAGCAGCGUAAACGUAAAUCACUCAAAAUGGCAUUGGAGAAGUGCAUGCAGAGGCGGGAUGCAAUGGCAACCGCAGGCGAGACAAUUGGCGGUGGCUUGGGCGGGGGAGUCGACGAAAGCGAAGCGGCGGCAGCUAGCGGACUGCUCAGCUUUGUGCAGCAGCAGCAUCAGGCGCAUCAGGAGCUGGCUAUGCAAAUCAAAGCGGCAAUGGCUGCUGAACAGGAGCAGCAGCAGCAGCAGCAGCAGCAGCAGCAGCAGCGAGCAGAGGCGGAGGCAGCAGCGGCGGCGGCUGAGGCAAUGGAUACCACAGCAAAUACAACAACAACGGGCACUGGCACAGAUGCCAGCGAUGCCGAGGCUAGUGAGCUUAGCAAAGCCUCAGCCAUGGACAUCGAUGAGCAGACCGAGACGGAAAUAGAAUCCGAGUUGGUUGUUGUAGAGCCAAAGAUAGAGCCGCUUAGCGAUAGCGAGGCUGAGGAGGAGGAGCAGGAGCUGGCAGAGCAGCAACAGCAGCAGCAGCAGCUGAGGCACUAUAAUGCCACGCCCACCAACGAACAGCCACGCACGCCCACGCCCACCAGCCCGCCGCCAAUGAGCUCCACGCCCAAUGCAAGCGAGCACUAAAAACAGCAAAAAAAAGAAUUAAACUUGAAUUAGACCCGCCCCCCACAAAUUGAAUUUAAAGCCUAACAAUGAGUGAUUGAUUGAGUGAUGAUGAUGAAGAUGAUGAUGAUGAUGAUGAAAAACGUUUACGCUAAAGGAUCAUGAACAACCAGAUGAUCGCCAGAUGAAGAUGAAGAUAUGACUACUGUUGCAACUGUCGUUGCCCUCGGAGACCAACAAAACAAAGAGCAAAGACCCAAAACGAAAACUGGGCAAAAUGUUUACUAUAUAAAUUAAACUAAAACUAAAACUAAAACUAAAAAACUAAAUUUAAAAAACACACACACACACACCACUUACACACAUACACACAAGAGCAAAACACAGCUGCAGUAUUUGAUACAAAUUUUUUACAAUUUAUUUACAAACAACAACAACAAAACAAGAGACCAAACAAC